AUGGAGGCGGACGAGCUCCUGAAGAAGAUACGGGCGCUGGAGGAGGGGCAGGCGGAGCUCAAGCGGGAGGUGGGCAGGCUCAUGCCGGACCGCCGCGCCGCGGCCCGGCGCCGUGCCCUCCGCGCGCUGCCGCCGCCGCCGCGGCCCUCAUCGUCGCGGCGCGUCGCGGCCCGCGGCAGGCUGCCCGACAGGCACUGCCACUGGAUACUGCAGUCGCUGGGGCAGGCCGUGCACAUCAUCGCCCCCGACGGGAAGCUCCUGUACUGGAACCGGUAUGCUGAGCAUAUGUAUGGCUAUACUGCAGCAGAGGCAGUUGGUCGGAAUGCCGUUGAAUUAAUUGUUCAUCCGACUGACUUCGAUUCAGCAAAAAUCGUCAUCCAGAAUAUAUUUAUGGGCAAGUGUUGGAGAGGGAAGUUUCCUGUUAAGAACAAAGCAGGAGAGAGGUUUUUCAUUUCUGUCCACAACACCCCUUUGUACGAUGACGAUGGUAGUUUGGUGGGCCUUAUCUGUCUCUCGCUUGAUGUACGGGCAUUAGAGGAGAUAUUUAGUCCCUCGGACUCAGCGGAAUCCUAUCCAAGUACAGCAAAGCACCGGUUUCAUGCUAACAACCGGCCUACAAGUGGUUCAGUAAACAAAGGUUCUGUUCACUCCCAGCAACCUCCUCAAUCUGGUGUCACCUCCAAGAUAGUAACUUUGGCUACCAGCGUUACAAGUAGAGUUCAUUCUCGGAUAAGGACAGGUCAGAAUGGCGACAAACAGUAUGGUGGUGACUGUGAGGACCAGUAUUCUCAACUUGAUCUCCAGGCCGAGGUGGCAUCAAGUGAAGAGAACACCCCAAGUGGGGAUGUAAUGCAUGGUGCCUUUGUGGCCCAAGAGAAAUCCCGUGGCAAGUCGAGCAAAACAAGUAGUGAUGAUCCAGGAGAAGGAAAAGUAGGGUCCUACAAGAUUUUCCGUUCGAAGGCUGAGGCAUUAUUGGCAAAGAAGGGCAUAUCAUGGCCUUGGAAAGGGCAUGCAAAUGAUGGGGGUUCUGGAAAGAAUAACGUGAACUCAACACAGUUGCAGGAUAAGCAGGAGAAUGACCAGAGUCAGCAGAGAGUUCCAGUUCUAGAGCCUAUCAUAAUUCCAGACUGCCAAAACAGCGAAGACACUUGGGCUACGAAAUAUGAGGUCUCAGGUUCCUGGUGGGAUUUCAACAAGAAUUACACGAGUAGCAUGAGCAGCAGUGGGAGUACUGAUAGCAGCGGUAUCGAGAGAGUAGACUAUGAAGCAGACCGCCUAGAUUAUGAGAUUCUCUGGGAAGACCUAGUAAUUGGAGAACAAGUAGGUCAAGGUUGUUGCGGAACAGUGUAUCAUGCUUUGUGGUAUGGCUCGGACGUGGCAGCUAAAGUAUUCUCCAAGCAGGAAUAUUCAGAAGAAAUGAUCAAUACCUUCAGACAAGAGGUAUCAUUGAUGAAGAAGCUACGACAUCCCAAUAUAAUACUUUUCAUGGGUGCAGUUGCUUCGCAGGAACGACUUUGUAUUGUUACUGAAUUUCUGCCACGCGGGAGUUUGUUUCGGUUGCUUCAGAGUAACAUUGGCAAGCUGGAUCCAAGACGGAGAGUUAACAUGGCUAUUGACAUUGCAAGGGGCAUGAAUUAUCUUCACAGUUCCAUCCCAACUGUUGUGCACCGUGAUUUGAAAUCACCAAACCUGUUGGUUGAUAAGAAUUGGACUGUAAAGGUUGCAGACUUUGGUCUUUCACGUCUGAAACACGAAACAUUUCUGUCAACAAAAACUGGAAAGGGAACACCGCAGUGGAUGGCUCCGGAGGUGCUACGGAGUGAACCUUCAAAUGAAAAGUCUGAUGUAUUCAGCUAUGGAGUGGUCCUGUGGGAGCUUGCUACUCAGAUGAUCCCCUGGGAUACUCUCAAUACAAUGCAGGUCAUCGGAGCCGUGGGUUUCAUGGAUCACAGACUGGAAAUACCAAGCGACGUGGAUCCUCAGUGGGCAUCGAUGAUUGAGAGCUGUUGGGAAAGUGAACCGCAAUGCCGCCCUUCGUUCCAAGAACUUCUCGAGAGGCUCCAGGGGCUGCAGAAGCAGUACACGGUUCAGGCGCAGACGGAGCGGAAAGCGGCUGGGAAAGGUGCUCGAAAGACAAGCGUCAAAGAUGAUGGCUGA